AUGAAAAACAAAACCAUCUGUUUCUGCAUCAGAAGGCGCAACCGCAAGACAAAGGAAAGCAGAGUGGAAGAUUUAGAGAAACUCUCCCAUGUCAAGCCUAAGCACAAGGGGAAAACCAAAGGGUGUGAUCCAAGAACUUUUGUUGGUGAUGGUGAUGGUGGUGGUGGUGGCUUCAAUGUUCAUGGAGGCAGCAUAGUUGCUGGCAAUGAUGAAGGAGUGGCUGCUGCUGUGAUGACUGCAGCUCAUAUGUCAUUGAUGAGUGCCUAUGAUUGUCAAGAUGGAAGUGGUAAUUGUCACGGGGGAGAAUCUGGGGCAGAUGGUGGUGGUGACUGA